UGACUGCACGCACGUGCUAAGAAUGAGCUCGAGUCAGCUGGAGUCAGCAUCGGUCGACAUCGCGAGACGCAGCAACGUUACAACAUGAGCGUGGAAGUUAAAGAUUUCUCGGACUUGAAGCUGAAUUCCUGGCUCCUCGCGCAAUGCCAGUCUAUGGGCUUGAGUAAACCGACUCCAAUCCAGCAGAAUUGCAUCCCUCGAAUACUGAUGGGCGAGGAUUGCAUAGGCUGCGCGAAGACUGGCAGCGGCAAAACGAUGGCAUUCGCCCUGCCUAUUUUGCAAAAGUUAUGCGAGGAUCCGUAUGGCAUAUUUGCUCUUGUGUUGACACCAACGAGGGAACUAGCCUUUCAGAUUGCCGAUCAAUUCGCCGCCAUUGGCAAGGCUGUCAAUCUGAAGAAAUGUGUAAUCGUCGGCGGCAUGGACAUGAUGGAGCAAGGAUUGGAGUUGUCGAAACGGCCGCAUAUAGUUGUAGCCACGCCAGGCCGACUGGCGGAUCAUUUGGACAGCUGCGAUACGUUCUCCUUGCAGAGGAUCAAAUUUCUAGUGCUGGACGAAGCCGACAGGCUGCUCGGUGGCCACUUCGACGAGCAGCUUAAGAAAAUAUUUGCCGCAUUGCCCAAGGAGAAACAAGUAUUGUUCUUCAGUGCUACAAUGACCGACACGCUUGACAAAGUGAGGCAAAUAGCUUCCGAAAAGGUUUUUACGUGGCAAGAGAAAGACGACGCUGGUAUUGCCACUGUGAGGGAAUUGGAUCAACGUUACGUGUUGUGUCCUAGGGAUGUGCUUGAUUCGUAUCUGGUAGAGGUGAUUAGGACGUUUCGCGCCACGGACAAGAACGGCUCUAUCAUGAUAUUCACGGAUACCUGCAAGCACUGCCAAUUAUUAUCCAUGACGUUGAACGACGUUGGAUUUGCCAAUGUGGCUCUUCACGCGAUGAUAAGGCAAAAGGAACGUUUGGCGGCGCUAAAUAAGUUCAAGUCAAAUCACGUACAGAUAUUAAUUGCCACCGACGUCGCGGCGAGAGGUCUGGAUAUCCCCACGGUACAAUUGGUCGUCAAUCACGUAGUGCCGAAUGUACCGAAGGAGUACAUUCAUAGAGUCGGUAGAACGGCUCGCGCCGGUAAAAAUGGUAUGGCGAUAAGCUUGAUAACGCCACACGAUAUCAAAUUAUUGCACGCGAUCGAGGACGCCAUAGGUACCAAGUUAACGGAAUACAAGGUAGACGAUAAAGAAAUUGUUACGAUCUUGACGCAAAUAUCGGUGGCAAAACGGGAAGCGGAAAUCAAAUUGGACGAGACUGACUUUUACGAAAAGAAGAUGAUCAAUAAGCGAAAAAAGUUAAUCUUGGAAGAAUUGGAAGGGGGCCAAUCGCCGGAUGAGGCAGAUAUCGUCAAGGAGAAACAGGAAUGUAAGAAGAAAAGAAAAAAAAAGUCUCUGAGACUUAAAACGACCUGAUAUGUAAUAAAAUAUAUGUAAUAAAAGACACACCAAAUGUACAACACACUUAUGCCUCUGUCAUGUAACUCGUGAUACAAUAAUAAGUAAUACUAAUG